AUGUCGGCGCUGUUCAACUUUCACUCGCUCCUGAGAGUGGUGCUGCUCAUCAUUUGCACCUGCACAUAUGUUCGCGCUACCGCACCAGCGUUGAUCGAUCGCAACAAGGAAGGCUUCCUCGGCGUGUUCUUCAAAGGUGCCCGUAUCGGCGAACGCCUGAGCCCAUACGUCUCAUUAGCGUGUCUCGUCAUGGCCGUGUACGAAGUCGUAUAG